CACUCUUUCGCAUGAGUAGCUAUUUCCAGUUCCCACCCAUUGUAGCUUUGCUUUGAAGCUUGAAACGGCGGGGUAGGCUCAAAUGCGUCUGAUCUCAUUCUCUUCUUGCUUACUGGUCGUUUUCCAUAUGUGUCUGUAGAUCCCAACUCCAUUCUUUAUACCCUUCUUGCCGGGGGAGAGCUGUAAUGUCAUGCUCUCCUGAAGAAAGGGGCUGCAGUUGAUAGCUUGGCUUUGGAGGCCUUAUCUCAGGCCCGCCGCUUCCUCUUCGCCGCUUUUUAUGUCACGAUCGGGGUGGAAAGAUCGAAAUGUGGCUCAUUUGUGAUCCAUUUUUAGGUCGCCUUCCAGAUCUGUGGUGCAAGAACAUUUCUUGACACGCAAUAAGGUAGUUUAGACUUUAGAGUGGAUGAUUUGUUGUUAGGUUUAGGUUAAGGGUGUACUAUUCUCGUGUUUAGUUUUUUGGCGGGUUCCUGUCGGUUUACUCCGAGGUCGUGUGCGGAAUGGAUCGAAGUUUUAGGGCACCGGAGCUGAGGGGAAGGACCCUGGGAUCAGUGAUGAAGGAUAAGGAAGAGGAUCUUGCCCUCUUCAUCGAGAUGAGGAAGCGCGACAAGGAGCGGAACAACCUUCUGCUCCAGAACUCUGAUGAAGUUGAUCAACCGUUAGAGUCACAUCUUGGGGGGUCUCCUUUAUUCAAGAUUGCGCCUUCAACUGUGAGAAAGACAGGCAUGGAUGAUUUUCUGAACUCCGACAAUGAGAAGAACGAUUAUGACUGGCUUCUCACACCACCGGGUACCCCACUUUUUCCAUAUUUGGAAAAGGAGUCUCACAGAUCUCCAAUAAAGCAUCUUCCUACUCCAAAAGGUCACCCUGUUUUUUUGAAAUCUAGAUUAGCAAAUCCUCCGGAUCCUUCUUUAAGAUGCACUACAGCUUCUACGCAACUGAUGACCUCUUCCGGUUUGAACUCCUCCCUUUUGGGAAUGAGAAGGCCUUUGUCAUCUGGAGGGUCUAGUGUUACUUCUUCUAGGCCUUCAACCCCUAAUGGUCGGCCUUCGUUGCCUACAGCAUCCAAACCAUCCAGAUCUUCAACUCCUACUUCCCGUUCUACAGUACCCUCAAGAUCAGCAGCCCCGCCACCUAGAUCAUCAUCACCUGCUAGGUCUUCUACCCCAGCAUCAAGAUCAUCCAUACCACCAGCCAGCAAGCCUGUAUGUAGGUCAACUACCCCAACAAGAAGGCCUUCUACCCCAUCUAACUUGCCUGCUAGUACUGCCCCGCCAGGUCGGUCUUCAUCUGCCACUAGAUCAGGCCCUGCAACUAGUUCUGUAAUGAGGUCAAGUUCCUCGACAACUACUACAAAAUCUGGACCAGCAAUUUCUAUGACUAGGUCAGGCCCCGCAGCUUCUAAAGGUGUGGCUCCAUCUCGUGGAGUUUCUCCAACUGUAAGAUCUAGACCUUGGAAACCUUCUGAAAUGCCUGGUUUUUCACUUGAUGCACCUCCAAAUUUGAGAACUUCACUACCUGAGAGACCAUCUUCUGCUUCUCGAGGCAGGCCAGGAGCGCCCAGCUCCAGGUCGUCAUCGGUGGAAAGUCGACCAAGUAUGAGGCCCAGACUACAAUCUUGCUCUCCUUCUAGAGGAAGGGCUCCUAAUGGAAAUGUUGCUGGUGGUGGUUCCAUUCCUGCAGUAAACAGGUCACGUAUGAACAACAAUGACCAUGAAAGUCCAGUUGUCAUAGGUACUAAGAUGGUUGAGCGAGUGGUAAGCUUGAGAAGACUGGCACCUCCAAAGAUUGACGAGCAGCAUUCCACCAUUAAUUCAUUGGGGAAAUCCACUGUGUCACCAGAAAGCGUUGGAUUUGGGAGAACACUAUCUAAAAAAUCGCUCGACAUGGCUCUGAGACAUAUGGAUAUAAGGAGGAGCAUGCCUAAUAAUCUGCGACCAUUGAUGACUAACAUACCAGCAUCCUCUAUGUAUAGUGUGAGGUCAGGGUCUUCAAGAAGCCGAGUAGUUAGUAUUUCAGGUUCUCCUCUUGCCACCAGUAGCAAUGCAAGCUCCGAGCAGAGUGUCAGUAACAAUCCAUUCUGUUCGGAUGGAAAUGAACUUUUAGAUGAGUUUUGCAGUGAUAAAGGCAGUAAGUCCUCUCCUUCAUUUUCAAUGGGAAGAUGAUCACCAGAUUUUGCUCUUGUUUUCCAUUUUGUGUAUUCUUGAAAGAUUAUUUCCUUUAUGCAUCAUCAAUACCACAGCGCAAGCUGCAUUGGCAGCAGCAUUGCUGGGUAUGCCUACUAUCUUGUAACCCUUAAAUAUCGAUUCUGAUUCUGCCUUGUUUAUGUGGUAUUAUUUUCAAGGGAUAUUGUUAUUGAUGCAUGUGAAAGAUUAGAACAUACUAUUACAGAAA